AUGCUUCCGGUAAUAGAGGAGCAGACGCAAACACAGGCCAGGCGCAGAAUUCGUUUUCUUUCCUGGAACGUGGGAGGGCUUUCAGAUGUUCUCUUCACUGAAUUACAGCAGUGGUUGCAGAAGACACAGAACAAGGACAUCAAUAUUAUCAUCUUGCAAGAGACACACUGGGAUUUUAGUGGUGAUUGGUCAACCCAGGAGUGGCAUUUUUGCCACACGACAUCACAGCGCAAGGGCAGUGGAGGAAUUUUAAUCGGGAUACGAAAGGUGCUUGCCAAUGCACAGCAGAUCCGAUGGCAUGAAGCGGAGCCGGGCAGAAUUCUGCAGGUCAGAUGCUUUCUUGACAAACAACAGGUUGAUAUCGUGGGGGUAUAUCAGUUUGCUUUUCUGCAAAAAGCUGGUAUGUCUGAGACCAUACUGGAUCAGAGGAGACGGCUUUUGGCCAAACUUGAUAAGUUAUUGGCAUCGUUGCCGGUCCGAUCACAAUUGAUCCUAAGAGGGGACUUCAAUGUCACCCUGACCCCGAUGAGCAGAAUUGCCGGAUACGGAUUGCUGCAGAGGGAGUUGUCGGAAAAAGAGAAGGCGGACCAGGAUCUGUUAAUACGACUGCUCCAACGGCACAAGAUGUCGGCGCUCAACACGUGGUCCAAGAAGGGCACCGCUGCCACAUACUUACAUGCCAAGGGCAGUAGUCAGAUCGACUAUGUGUGUGCCAGGCAAGCUGUAUCUGACGGGGACGCCAAGAAAGCGAAACCUGUGGUGACGGCGAUGGCAGGCUGGAGAACCACGGGGCAUCUCCCCCUGGUGGGUUCAAUCCCACAUCGAUGGACGCCAUGGGCCAAGCAGCAUCGAGAAGGAAGGGCGGAGCCAAAGGCAGGGCCAGAUCUCACGCAGCUGGGCUCAUGGACGACAGAGAACCAGCCAUGUGGAGUCAGGGAGCUUCGCGAGGCAGUGUCGCGCGCGGGUGGAGAAGCGCCAGAACGGCUUGUUCGGCCGGAGCUUGCGCCGGUGACUGAUGAGAUCAAGGGGUGCUGGAAACUACGAAGAAGGCUGCAGAAUGUGCAAACGUUGCUUGGUGCUGGUAUGGUCUUUGUUUUUAGGCACGAUAUGCGUGGUCUGUUUGGAGUGAUCAACUUGCUUUGCCCUAGAAAGGGAGUGCAGCGUAUCAGACUUCGGGAUGAUGAGGGGAAUCUGAUGAACGGCCUGGAGGAAUGUAAAGUCCUCGCUGCUUAUGCCCGGGAGCUUUUCAUGGCUUCAAAUAGCCCCAGGCUUCCGCUGCUACGCAUCCCAGCGGAGAUACUUGACAUUCGAAGAUGGCACCAGGCAGCCUCGAAGCUCAAGGCGGAGAAGGCAGUGCAGCUGGCCUGGUUGGCGAAGCCGGGAAAGUGUCCAAGCAAGCCCUCCAACUUGAGGACCGUGGGGCUCAUGGCGGGUGAUACCAAGAUGUUCAUGACUGUCUUAAAAGAGGCGGUGCAGGCUGAAAUCACGAAGGGCCUGUGGGAUAUUCCGCAAUUUGCGUACCGAAAGCUGGCCAGUACAACGGAUGCCCUGCUCAGGGGAAGCCUCCAUUGUAUACAGGUGCGAGCUCUGGCAGGCCAGGUCAACACAGAUGUUACCACUCGACUGCUUACAGGGGCUCUUCCUGAACUUCAGGGGGGAUUGAUGAUUAGCUUGGAUUUGGCCAAGGCUUUUGAUUGCAUGCCGUUUGGAGUGAUGUAUGAGAGUUUGAGGGAGGUCGGAGUCUCCGAUGCACUGUCCAGACUCAUAGUGGAGACACACAGACAAUCCGUAUGCAUCGUGCGCCAUUGUGGUCAUAGCGAGAAAGUUCAGAUGAAGCGUGGACUUCGUCAGGGGUGUCCACUUGCUCCGAGCGUCUUCACGGCGUGGACCAUCAAGCUAUGCAGACUGCUGGGCACCGAGUGGUGUAGAGAACAUACGAGUCUGUUUGCAGAUCAGUGGGAGCUCAUUCGCUCGAACCGUGAUGCGAAAUGCUUGAAAUGUCAGCGAGCCGAAAACCCGAAGGGUCCCGUGAAGCGAGGCAUCAACGAAAAGGCCGUCUGGGCCAACAGC